ACAGCUUUGAAUUCAAAAAAAGAGCAUGUGAGUUUGUUUACUCGCGGAAAAAUUUUGUGUUUUCACCUAAUUUUGUGGUUUUUGUGCAGAAUUUCCAAUAGACAAUGUAUCCUCAGAGUUCCCAGAAGAAAUACUGGAAGUUUAGCAAUGAACAGCAAUUGGCAAAUAUGCGUGCGAGGCACAAUCAGGACUACAUUGCUAAGCACCAGGAAAAGUGGGAAGCCAGCGGAAAGGCAGACUUUUUCCUGACUGUGGAGGAAGAGAGGCAUCUCCUGCAGCACUACUGUGUCAAUAUGAAAGAAUUCUGCAAGAGAUUCGAGCCAGCAAUGCCAAAAUCUGUGAUAGGAUCGGCCUUUCACUAUUUCAAGCGCUUCUACAUCUACAAUUCUCCCAUGGAUUACCAUCCAAAAGAGAUUCUUGCCACUUGUGUAUACUUGGCAUGCAAAGUUGAGGAAUUCAAUGUAUCCAUUGGGCAAUUUAUUGGGAAUAUUAAAGGAGACCGAUCCAAGGCAAUGGAUAUCAUUCUUGCAAAUGAACUCUUGCUCAUGCAGCAGCUAAAUUAUUAUCUCACUAUUCACAAUCCCUUUAGGCCAAUCGAGGGAUUUCUCAUUGAUAUCAAGACACGGUGUUCUCUAGUCAAUCCGGAUCGUCUCAGGAUGGGAAUUGAUGAAUUCAUUGAGAAGACUUACCUUACGGAUAUUUGUCUCCUUUAUGCACCUUCACAGAUUGCCCUGGCUGCUGUACUUCAUGCUGCUAGCAAAGAACAAGAGAAUCUAGAUCACUACGUCACUGAAUCACUCUUCCAGAAUUCCAAGGAGAAGCUCCCAGUCCUUAUUGAAGCUGUCCGGAAGAUUCGAUCAAUGGUGAAAGCGAUAGACAUUCCUCCGAAGGAUGUCAUUCGGCAAAUUGAGAAGAAAUUGGAAGCUUGCAGAAAUCAGGAAACAAAUCUCGAUCGUUUGUAAACUUUUAUCUAAAUACAGUGAAUUGAUUAUUAAAAAAAAUA